GGGGACAGCGGGGACCGAGGUGGGGCCCCCGGAUCCCGCUGCCCCUUGCCCGGAAGCAGGAACUCGGGCCUCGGCGAGGGUCUGACGGAGAUGCGGAGGCCGGUCCACAGGCUCCUGCAUCCUAGCGAACCGGGCCUUGUUGCGCGAUAACAAUAAUGGUAAUGUUUCCUGGGAGCUUUAUUUGUGUCAGUCACUGCUAAGCGCUUUCCGUACCUUGGCUCUCCUCACCCCAGCUCUUUGAGGCAGAGGUGGAGGAGACACUGAAGCGACUUCAGAGCCAGAAGGGAGUACAGGGCAUCAUCGUGGUGAACACAGAAGGCAUUCCCAUCAAGAGCACCAUGGACAACCCCACCACCACACAGUAUGCCAACCUCAUGCACAACUUCAUCUUGAAGGCCCGGAGCACUGUGCGUGAAAUUGACCCCCAGAAUGACCUCACCUUCCUUCGAAUUCGCUCCAAGAAAAAUGAAAUUAUGGUUGCACCAGAUAAAGACUAUUUCCUGAUUGUGAUUCAGAAUCCAACUGAAUAAGCCACUCUCUUGGCUUCCUGCGUCAUUCCUUAAUUUAAUAGCCCCCAAGAAUAAUAAUGUUAAUCAUGUCAACCGACUGGCAGGUGGAAAUCACCUUAGGGCCUCCUUAGAGGAUGCGCCAGUGCUCAGUCAUCAGAGUCAUCCCUCUGCUGGCCGGUCACCCUUGAAUUCUUGGGAGGGCCUUCUUUCCUCACGUCCAGAUUUCAGAGCAAGAGCUUUGAGCAGCCCACACCCUGCUUCCUUCUGACCUUCAGUUCACUUUAUCACCCUUGGAAAAGGCUGUUUUUGUUUAACUAAAAAUAACUGAAAUGCUUA